CCGGGGCGGUGCUGGGGCUGGCCCCGCCCGCAGCCGGCCUCAGGCGGCGGGAACGGAGCGGCGGUCCGGGUGACUGACGUCCCGCCAUGUCCCGCUUCUUCCAGGCACUCUGCCGCGCCGGCGGCGCCCGGGCCGGGGGUCCGGGCGUGCAGGAGGCGGACGUGCAGCGGUGGGGGCUGACAGGCAUUAAACUUCGUCCCUAUCAACUAGAAGGUGUAAACUGGUUGGUGCAAUGCUAUGAAGUCCAGCAUGGCUGUAUCCUGGGUGAUGAGAUGGGCCUUGGGAAGACUUGUCAGGCCAUUUCUCUACUUCUUUAUUUGACAAAAAAGUUAUCCAACAAAGAGAGAUUUCUGAUACUUUGUCCUCUGUCAGUUCUGAGCAACUGGAAGGAAGAGCUGGAGAGGUUUGCUCCUGGUCUUUCUUUCAUAACAUAUGUAGGCAGCAAGGAAGAGCGACCUAAACUGCAGGAGAAUCUGAAAGGGGACUCUCACUUCCAUGCACUCCUGACAACAUACGAGAUUUGCCUGAAAGAUGCAGCAUUUCUAAAGUCCUUUAACUGGGCUGCCUUGGUUGUAGAUGAAGCUCACAGACUGAAAAAUCAAAAUUCUCUGCUUUACAAGACACUUUCUGAGUUCUCAAUAGGCUUCAGCCUGCUACUCACAGGCACUCCGGUCCAGAACAGCCUCCAGGAACUGUACUCCUUACUCAGCCUUAUUGAACCUGACAUCUUUCCCCAGGAACAAGUGAAAGAGUUUGUUGAGUAUUACCAAGUUAUUGAAAAAGAGAGUGAGCCAGCCAAAGAAUUGCACAGUCUUCUGCAGCCAUUUCUGCUUCGGAGAGUCAAAUCUGAGGUGGCUGCAGAGCUGCCAAAGAAGGUGGAAGUGGUUCUGUACCAUGGAAUGUCAGCUCUGCAGAAGAAGUAUUACAAGGCCAUUUUAACAAAAGAUCUAGAUGCAUUUGAAAAUGAAACGGGAAGGAAGGUUACACUCCAGAAUGUCUUAAUUCAGCUUCGGAAGUGUGUUGCCCACCCAUACCUCUUCAAUGGUGUUGAGCCAGAACCCUUUGAGAUUGGAGACCAUAUUGUUGAAGCCAGUGGCAAGAUGUGUUUGUUGGAUAAACUCCUUUCAUUCUUGUACGCUGGUGGCCACCGUGUGUUGCUCUUUUCUCAGAUGACUCAACUGCUCGAUAUCUUGCAGGACUACAUGGACUAUAGAGGCUACAGUUACGAGCGGCUGGAUGGCUCUGUUAGGGGUGAGGAGAGACACCUUGCCAUCAAGAACUUUGGUCAACAGCCCAUCUUUAUCUUCCUGUUGAGCACCAGAGCAGGUGGAGUUGGCAUGAAUCUGACAGCAGCAGAUACAGUUAUUUUUACUGAUAGUGAUUUUAACCCACAAAAUGACUUGCAAGCAAUAGCAAGAGCUCAUCGGAUUGGGCAGCACAAGCCUGUAAAAAUUAUCCGUUUGAUUGGGCGAGAUACAGUUGAAGAAAUAAUCUACCGAAGAGCUGCCUCGAAGCUGCGGCUGACCAAUGUCAUUGUUGAAGGGGGGCAGUUUGCUCUGGGAGCACCCAAGCCUCAGGGAACAGCAGAGUUACAGCUGAGUGAAAUCUUGAAAUUUGGCCUGGAUAAAUUGUUCUCCUCUGAGGGAAGUACUGUACAGGAUGUGGAGCUGGAGAACAUCCUUGGAGAGACAAAAGGAGGGCAGUGGAUAAUGGACACUGUGCUGCCACAAAAGGAAGAGAAUGAAGAGGAAGAUACAGAGAAUCACAUGUACGUGUAUGAAGGCAAAGAUUAUUCAAAAGAACCCAGCAGAGAAGACAAAAAAGCAUUUGAUCACCUUUUGGAUCUUCAGAAAGCAUUGAUUGAAGAGACCAGUAAAGAAGGGAGAGCUCUCCGGAACAAAGCAAACGCCCUUCUCACAGGCCUUCGGGAACAGUCAGCCAGGAGGAAGCACUUGCUGAGUGAGGAGGAGCUGGAGGCUCGGAGGAAGAAGCGCCAAGAAGCAGCAGCAAAGAGAGCAAGGCUCAUGGAGGAAAAGAAGGCAGCAAAAGCAGAGGCAGAACACAAGAAAAAAAUGGCCUGGUGGGAGGCCAAUCAUUACACAUCUACCUGCCUUCCUUCAGAGGAAAGUGGCUCUGAGGAAGAGUUUGAGGAGGAUGAGUUGGGGUGGAAUGUGGAUUUAGAUUACAAAGAUGGAGGCCAGAACUAUAUUAAAUACGUCAUGGGAGAUGUAACCCACCCCCAAGCAGAAGAGGAAGAUGCCAUCAUUGUCCAUUGCCUAGAUGACUCUGGCCGCUGGGGAAGGGGUGGUUUAUUCACUGCUCUAGAGGCUCGUUCUGAUCAGCCAAGGAAAAUAUAUGAGAUGGCAGGAAAGAUGAAAGACCUGGAGUUAGGAGGAACCCUGCUAUUCCCUAUUGAUGAUAAAAAAUCCAGGAAAAAAGGACAAGAUUUGCUGGCCUUGAUUGUAGCUCAGCACCGGGAUCGGUCCAACAACUUGUCUGGCAUUAAACUGUCAGCUUUGGAAAAGGGCCUGAAGAAGAUUUAUUUAGCAGCCAAGAAAAGGAAUGCAACAGUGCAUCUUCCACGGAUUGGGUAUGCAACAAAAGGCUUCAACUGGUACGGCACCGAGCGGCUCAUCCGAAAGCACCUGGCAACUCGGGGUGUGCCCACUCUUAUAUACUACUUCUCUGGGAAUAAAGGUUCUUCCUCUGCUUCACAGCCAUAUUCAUCUUCGACAACAGUCUCAAAGCCAUGAAGAUGAAGUAAUUUCACCAAGGACAUUCACAAAAAUGACCAUCACUCAGGCAGUCCAUAUGCAUUCAUGUCAGAAACAUGGGUUGCACAGCCAUUAUUCACACCUGUACCUCUCUGCUGUGACUGGCCCCAACAUUUGCAUGUUGUCAGUGGCUCUGGAGUGGAAUGAGACUCUCUUUGGCUUCAGAGUCCAAAGAGGAAGGUUCUUGGCUCAAUCCCAGAAGUCUUUUGGAGAUGGAAAAUUAAAAAUUUAACUGACGGUC